UUCUUUUCAUACUUCGUGUCUUUUCUUCAAUCAUACUUAAAAAUGUCUCAAAGAAUUUUUUUAAUAUAUAUUUUUUAAUUUUGAAAUAUAUAAAUAAAUAAUUAAUAUUGAAUAUCAAGAACAUAUUAAUAAUAAUAAAUAAUUAAUAAAUAAACAAUUUAUUUUAUUCAUAUUUUAUAUUAUGUUAUUAAAGUCAUUAAUUAGAAUUUUUAAGAAUACUUUGAAAAAAAGAUAAAUAUAUUGUAUCAUAUUUGAUUUUGUAAACAAUAUAUAUAUAUAUAUAUAUUUAAUACUUUUUAAUAAAUAUGGAUAAAGGUUAUUUAUUGUCAAAUAAAGUUGGUUUUAUUGGUGGUGGAAAUAUGGCAAGUGCUAUUGGUGCUGGCUUAAUUCGUAAAGGUAUUUUAAAUCCAGAUAAUGUUUGGGUUUCUGCUCGUACAAAUAAAACUUUAGGCUUUUGGAAUGACCUUGGUGCUCAUGCUACAUUAAAAAAUGGAGAAGUAGUAGAUAAUUGUGAUAUUAUAUUCUUAGCAAUGAAACCUCAUAUGUUUGAUGAUGCACUUAAGGGUAUUAGAGAAACGAUGACAAGCAAAGCUUCACAUAUACUUUUUGUUUCAGUUCUUGUAGGAGUUACAUUAGAUUGUUUAGCUAAUAAACUUAAAUCUAUUGUUACAUAUCCCAGAAUAAUUAGAUGUAUGCCUAAUACUCCAAUGAUGGUUGGAGAAGGAAUAACAGUAUAUUGUUCUAUGAAUACAACAAAUCAAGAUGAAACUAUAAUAGAAAAAUUAUUUUCAUAUAUUGGUGUAAUUGAAAAUGUUCCUGAAUCUCUUAUGAAUGCUAUAGGUGGUCUUUCAGGAUCUGGUCCUGCUUAUGCAUAUCUUGUUAUAGAAGCAUUAGCAGAUGGUGCUGUGAAGAUGGGUGUUCCAAGACCAAUGGCAACAAAAUUUGCAGCUCAAGUAUUAGUUGGAGCUGGUAAAAUGGUAUUAGAAACAGGUAGACAUCCUGGUCAAUUAAAAGAUGAAGUAUGUUCUCCAGGAGGUACAACUAUUACAGGAGUACAUGCUAUGGAAUGUGGACAAGUUAGAGCUUCUAUGAUGAAUGCAGUUGAAGCUGCAGUAAGAAAAUCAAAUGAAUUAACAUCUAACAUAAAAUAAAAAAAAUUGUAAAAUAUAAAUAUAAUAAUAAUAUAUAAUAUGAAAAUAUGUAAUAUAAUUUGCAUUUUUAUAAAUUUCUUUAUUUUUAAGAAAUUAUUUUUUUAAAUUAUCUUUGUUUUUAAGAAUUAUAAGUAUUUUUUUAAUUUUAAGAUGUUUAUUAUUAAGAUAAUUUAUUAUUUAAAAAUACAAAUAGUACAAAUAAGUUCUAAUUUAGUAUGAAAACAAGUAUUCAAAUAAAAUUGAUUUGCUAUUUUAAAUAAAUACAAUUUUUAUUCCUUUUUAUAUAUAACUUAAUUAUAAUGCUAGAAAAAAUAAAAUAUUAUAUUGAUAAUGUAUAUUAUAUGUUAAAUAUUUUACAAUUAUAUAUUAUACAAAAUGUAAUUGUAUGUAAUUUGUAUGUUACAUAUAAAAAUAUUAUGUUUUUGAAUAUUCUACACAACGAGAUGGAUCCGUAGGAUAAUAUUCUUGACACUUGGUCAUAAGUCUUUUUAAUGCUUGAAUAUAUUUUCUUUGAGUUUCAUCAUUCAUUACAUGUGCCACAUUUUUUGAAAAAAUUUUUUCUCUUCCGGUACGCGCAUGAAUACCAACCAUAGUUACUCCAAUAGGCCAUGGAGAAUUUCCUAUUGCCAUUUGUAAAUAUGCAUCACUCGCCUACAAUAAAAAACUUGUAAUAUAUACAUUAUUUUAAAAUCAUGUAUAUAUUAUAUAAAUUUAUUAAUAUACUUACUAAUAUAUAAUUACGUUCAAGUAAAUGUUUUACAAUAUCAGUUAAACUAUCAGUAAUAUCUUCCGGAAGGGAUUUAUUUUUUAAUUUUCUAAGAAGAGGUUUUAAAUAUUCUCUUGUUUGGGCAUAAGUAGCACUAGCCAUUUUUCCUCUAGUGCUCAUUUUUUCUGCAGUACUUCUACUAUUUAAUUGAUUGCCCCACAUUUGUACUAAGAAUUGUAUGAAUUGUGUAAUGACAUUUAAAUCAAAAUCUCUGUCACCCUUAUUUAAUUUUAUGGACAUUUUUUGUAAAUCUUCAUAAGUAACUCCUUCGUCUGGCACAUGUACAUCUCCUUUUCCAUCACGAUCUUGAGGUUUAGAAGAAGCUAAUAUUUCAUUCAAAUAUGCUUGAUCUACUUGUUCCAUAGCUUCUUGGAAAUCAUUUCUAAAACCCUUUAAUUUAAAAUAAUUUUAUUAUAUAGUAAUUUAAAAUAAUAUUAUUAUAUAGUAAUCAUUACGAAUAUUUUAUUCUUUUAAAAUAUUUUAAAUACUUACUUUAUUUACUUCAGGUUCAAGAAUUUCACAUUUUCUUAAUCGUUUAAAGGCUUCUAUUUCUGAUUCUCCAAAUAAUAAUAUAGGUUCACUUCUUUCACGUAAUCUUCUAAUUACUUCGUGCCUAGGUAAUGUUAAAUGCUCAGAACUACCAUCAGUUACAGAAUCUUCUUGUUGUUGAGUUGUAUCAAUUUUAAUAUCAUCAUCAUUAUUUUCUUGUAUUUCUUUUAUUUUUUGAUCCUUUGUCAUUAGUUCACUUCUUCUAAAAUAUUUUUUGUUAUUUUGC